CUGUGGUAGCGGCUGGUCGGGCGUGGACACUGUAGUCUUACCCGCUUCCUGGCCGCACCUCACGUGCUCUAGCUUAGCCAAGGAACUAUCACAGCGCACUAAUCGUGCAAAUUCCUCAAGUUAGGCAGUGUUAACAAGGGGAUAACUGUGUUGUCAAGACCCGUAGCUCUGUUUAUGUUCCUAUAUCCCUCGGUUAUAGCAUUGUAAUGGUGUUCAGAAGAUUUGUUACCCAUCAACGUGUUCAUUGUUUUCCUGGAGCUUAGACGAAUUAGGAUAAUAGUAAUCACUUUCUUAAAGAGGGGUGACACUUACCUAGAAGCAAGUGGUCUCUCCUCGAAGUCCCAGAGAAAGACUCGAAGUCUCGGUGAAAGACUCAAAGUCACAGAGAAAGACUCGAAGUCCCAGAGGAAGACUCGAAGUCAGAGAAAAACUCGAAAGUCGCUGACAAACGCUCAGAGUCGCAGAGAAAGACUCGAAAUAUGAUCUGAAACACAAGAAUAUCAACUAUAAUAUCAGGGAUGGAGUGGUGGCCUAUUUGGACUGCAAGAGCCUCCAUCCCCACAAUCUCCAUCACCUCCGCCAUGCCCUCCAUCACCCCUACCAUGCCCUCCACCACCGUCACCAGCAGGAGGAAGUGUGGUGUAGGAAUAAUGUUGGCGAUCUUCACCAUGUUGGGGUUCUUGAUCGACGGAGUAGGAGGACUGGGUGUGAGCUGGGACUGGGCCAAGUGGUGGACCUAUGAUGGCAUCUCUGGGCCGCAGUUCUGGGGACUGAUCAACCCAGAGUGGUCGUUGUGCACCCACGGUCGUCGCCAGAGCCCAAUCAACGUCGAGCCCAGUACCCUACUGUACGACCCUAACUUACGACCACUCCACAUCGACAAGCACAGAGUAAGCGGGGUCAUCAACAACACAGGUCACAGUGUUGUGUUGACCUUGGCAGGAUCAGGUCACCACCACACUCCUAUCAAUAUCACAGGUGGCCCUCUCUCCUACAGAUACCAGGUCAGCCACGUGCAGCUGCACUUCGGAGGUGGUGACCACGUGGGCUCUGAACACACAGUCAACGGUACAGCCUUCCCUGCUGAGUUGCAGGUGUACGGCUUCAACUCACAACUCUUCAACAACUUCUCUGAGGCUGUGACCAGAGCACAUGGUGUGGUGGCCAUCUCUGUCUUGUUACAGGUAGGCCUGCAGGGUCACGCAGGCCUACGGCCGCUGACAGAUGCGGUACAGAGGGUGAAGUGGGCGGGAUCCUCGUCAGUAGUGGAGCGUGUGGGCGUGCGGGCGCUGCUUCCUGACUCUCACCAUUACAUUACUUAUGAUGGAUCACUAACACAACCUCCCUGUCACGAGACUGUCACCUGGGUGAUUGUUAACAAGCCUGUCUACAUCACCAAGCAACAGCUGCACGGGCUGCGGCAGGUACGACAGGGGAGCGAGGUGACACCCAAGGCUCGCAUGAUCAACAACUACCGACCAACACAACAACUCUUCCACCGACCUCUCAGGACCAACAUUGACUUCACUAACAGCAGACAGCUGCACUGUCCUUCCAUGGCGCCGCAGAUGUACUACACAGCGAACACGUGGAGGUAGUGACACCUGUGAUCAUCAUCUGGCAACACUUGGCGUCUCCUGGUAACCAUGGUGAUGGGCUGGGCUUCUGGCACCUGAUUGGCUAUUAAUGGAGACACACACAGUGACGUCACGGAUUUCUAAACCAAUCCGCACCCUUCGGCUGUAAUGUAAAUACUGGGAGUCGUUACUGUGACAUGAACGCAAUAAUUAAACGUUUUUGAGAGAUAUUACAAGAUGUGAAUGUUGUAAAUGAUAGGGAACCCCAGAAAACACAUUCGUGGUGUGAGGCGAGUGCUUUUAGGGCAAUUUAAACAGCUGUAAAUAAUUGUUUAGCUUGUUUGGUCGAGUGACAGACGCUUGGACCACGUGACACACACACACACACACACACACACACACACACACACACACACACACACUUGUGAAAGUGACUUUGGGAACCGCAAGAAUAUGACCGCUUCUCGUUUUCAACAGUUCUCAAACAGAUACAAGUUAAUGCCAUCAUCAGUUACUACUACCACUAACAACUACCACCAUUAUCAACGAAUAUCACCAUUGCCAUCAUUACCAAUAGCAACUAUCACCACAACUAGCAUCACCACAACCAGCAUCAUCACAACCAGCAUCACCACAACUAGCAUCACCACAACCAGCAUCACCACAACCAGCAUCACCACAACCAGCAUCACCACAACUAGCAUCAC